GUCAUUAAUUCUCACUGACAAGACUAUUACAGUUAAUACCAGGGGAGGACAGUUCCCAGAGUGCUUAGAGGGAGGUGGUGCACGCACACCGUCAUAAGGUUCUCUUGGUCAUGCAGAUCGAGCCCAGAUCUCUGUCUGAAUGACGUCUCUCAAAGUAAAACUGUCAAGAGACACAUUAAGGAUGUGCCAUAUGCCUCUAUUGUGCCCCUCAAGUGACGCUCAGUCUCUGAUCUCUGACCCUGAUAGCUCUUCUCCUCCUCCGCCAAAUCGUUUGGCAAACUGUUAAACAAAAGUCGACCACCAUGACAGCAUGGUGUUAUCUUUUGUGUCAUUCAUUUCGGAGGAAAGAUUAGAAGGCAGGAAUUCGCUACUGAAAUUCAAAGAUUGGAAGUUAAAAUUGAAUUGAAUGAUGAACCAAAGCGAGGCAGGACUAAGCACGCUAAGUAAACCGAGGCAGGCACAGUAAGCUUCUUUUCGCCCUGCGAGCGUUCUAGAACACAACAUCUCAACCUGCUGAUUUUGUCCCCUCUUUGUUCCUCUGUUAGUUCAACAUGUUGCCUUUUUAAAGUCAUCUGUAACUUUUUUUUUUCUUGUUUGGAAACUUGCCAACACACACACACACACACACACACACGUCACAAUGGCUGGCUUGGCAGCAGGUAAGACCCCGUCUUGGGUGUACAGAUGAUGCGGCAGCAUUUGCCUUCACGCAACAUUAGCAUCCGACUCAAUGAGGAGCACAGCUCACAGGCCUGAUGAGCUGUAGUUCUAGACAUGUAGCUAGGAGUAAUACAACCCCCCAAGAGCUGCCAGACCACUUCAGACCACUUCUCAGACAGGAAGUCGAAUGUUUGGAUAGACAGAUGCAGUGAGGAUCAAAGGGUUGCAUAGAAAGUGGAUUGGAUAGGGUUGCUUUAUGGGUUGUGUGUGUGUGUGUGUACCAUUUUAACCAGAAUGGCCCGAGAGGCUACAGUACAGCUCCGUCAAUCUAUUUGCAUUUUAAAUGUAAUCAAAGAAAGUGCCCGGGUGCAUUUUUUUUCUUCUUCCAGUUUACAGUAGACCAUCUAUUUACAUUCUGUAGACAAGUGUCCACAUUGACAUGUAGGGAGCGUUUGCCAGUGAUUCGGUUGUCUCCUUCCCUCCGUUGUGUUUGAUUGGGGCUGUGGCACUAGUCACUACCCGAUCAUUCAGAGUCACAUCCAUCUCCCACAGGGCCAUUGGCACAGACACAUUUUAAAGGCACAAUCUGCCAUUUGUGUUUCAGCCUUAACAUAGCCAAUGGAGUAGUACAGUCUCAUAUCUUGGGUUAUGGUAGGCCAAUGGAGUAGUACAGUCUCAUAUCUUGGGUUAUGGUAGGCCAAUGGAGUAGUACAGUCUCAUAUCUUAGGUUAUGGUAGGCCAAUGGAGUAGUACAGUCUCAUAUAUUGGGUUAUGGUAGGCCAAAUGGAGUAGUGCAGUCUCAUAUCUUGGGUUAUGGUAGGCCAGGGCAGGACAGUUGUACUUAGACAUGCAUUAAGUUAUAUUCUUCAUGAAUCAAGGGGUAUUUAAUCAAAAUGGCCAUUGAAUAGAAGAGGCCAUAUCCCAGACUGCCUUUUUAAUAGGGUUCCAUAUCCCCAUUACCUAGCUAGCAGUUGCCAGAGUCCCUCCAGUCCAACAGUUGAUUUGUAGCCCUGACUGUGUCAGAUCCCCCCUCAUUCAAUCAACCGCCACAAAUCACAUCUGUCUGACAAAGUGUAUCUCACACACACACACACACUGCCAUGGAAUGCCCAGCUGCCUGUCUGUCGGUCUCUCUCUCUGUCUGUGUGCAUGGUUGGCUGGAGAGGAAUCUGACUACCAGUGUUUCACUGGAAUGACCUGUCUGUAACCAUAUAUUUGUGAGUUCCUGUACACUGAGAGCAUACCGCCCCUCUACCAUAGCCUGUCCUGACAAAUACUCACCCCCCUUUCCUGGAAUAAAAAUCCAUCUCAUAUUUGAUUUUGUGGGUCGGUGGCAGGCCAUGCCAAAAGUUCUCAUUAGCCACAUGUUUCAUUAGCACAGAACAAGGGGGCAGUGAAAUAGAGAACAAAAUGAAGAAUGUUUCGCUUCCUCCUUCCAGAGAUUGACAUUGAGCGCUGCGUCCGGGAAUCCAUCAACCUGUUCUGCUGGACUCCCAAGAGCGCCACUUACCGCCAGCACGCCCAGCCUCCCAAGGCCCAGGGAGACAGCAGCACCAACGGCUUCGGCAAGGCGGCCAACUACUACUCCUCAGACUACCAGGACAUGCCCAAGACGGACCUG